AUGAUCUUCGCAUACUAUAUACCGUAUCUUUUCUUAUGGUUCAUGUUGAACUCCAAUGUCUCGACGUUCCAGCUUCAGCGGCGAUUCGACCCAAAUAUAAAUGCCUUAAUUCAUCCGUUACCUCAGACAGAACAAGAGAUCGAUGAACACUUAGUCUGCACUGAAGGCCUAGGCAAUGACGAUCCUAUAGAUUGGCAGGACUGUUUCGCUGCUGCUCAAGAUUACUCGGGGUUUACAGGUAUCUCACCGGAGGUCUUACUCAUCAAUCGAGGUAGCGAUUUGGCUCGUUCACCAGACCUGCAGGACAAACCUGGAGAGCAGUUGAUAGCUCCUGUUGCCUUCUUCAGUGGCUCGACCUGCGCUUUGACUCUACUCAUGAUUGGCGACGAGAAGUUGACAGGAAAAUCCGAUGUCGUGGCUGCAGUCCAAAGCCUGAACAGUUCAUGCAACGAUAAUGGGAGCACAGGGGGUGGCUUGAAAAGUCUAUACGACGGCGCAGUGACAGUAUACAUAGGUGGAAAGAAUUCGAUUCUUGAUUUGGCCCCCAAGGAAAAUUGGACUGUGUGGCCAAGCUCGGGGCUAUAUCAAAAACCCAAACCCGUGGUCUGCACCCCUGCGGACAUUGGGAUCCAAAACAUCACUGUCAAUGAUUGCCAUGAAGCAGCGCUAUUCCACAGCGCUGUUGUUCCUUCACGUCUAUUAACACUUGUGGACCGGAAGUACCUCGAAAACCAGAACGAUAUACCGUCUCCGACGACUAGUGGCCAGAACCUUUUGAGGGAAGACCUUUUUGCAGCCGUGGACGAAGUCGCGUUCCAAUAUGUGCAAGAUAUUCAAAGUGCAUUGCCACAAGAUUUGAGCAUGCAUCUCAUACUCACAGGCGCUACCGGCCUUGUCGGCUCCGGUGUCCUCCACCACAUGCUCAACAACAACACGGUCACAACGGUUUCUAUUCUCAGUCGGCGGCCUGUGCCUAUGGCUGAAGGACACGAAAAGGCGAAAGUGAUCAUUCACAAAGACUUCAAGUCAUUUCCCAGCGACCUCCUUGAACAGCUCAAGGGCGCCACGGGUUGUGUUUGGGCGCUUGGGGUCAAUCAGAACGAUGUUGACAAAGAACUGUACCAAGAGAUAACCGUCGACUACCCGAUCGCGGCGGCAAAGGCAUUCUCCACCCUUUCAGACCCCUUCACUUUCGUCUACGUAUCCGGUGAAGGCGCCACAACAACUCCCUCGCGCCUAACCCCACACUUCGGCCGCGUCAAAGGCAUCGCAGAAUCCUCCCUCUUGGCUCUACCCAAAGAUGCUCAAUUCAGAUCCUUGAACCCAUACUCUGCUCGCCCCGGCGGUGUGGACGCUCAGAUGCACCCCGAGAUCCACAAGUACAUGCCGAAGAUGAAGGGUAUGAAGAGUUUCUAUGCGCCGCCGGUUUUUGUCGCCAUGAGGACGCUGCUGCCGGGGCAGCUUAGUCCGACGAGGGAGUUGGGGAAGGUGUUGACGGAGUUGGCUAUGAGGGAUAGGGGAACGUUGGGGGUGGGGAAGGAGGGCGUGGAGGGCAAGGGCGUUAGUGGGGAGGGAAGGACGGUUGGUAAUGCUUGGUUGAGGAGUGAGGCGGGUCUUUGA